UUGCUUGUAACAGAAGCUUAGUGCCACACUGCCACAUUAAUUUGUUCAAUUUGGUUCUUCUUUUCAUUUUUUUUGGUUUAAUGCUACUUUGUUAUUUACUUAUUUAUUUCUCAGACAUAUGAGGUCAUGCAUUGGCUGCCCAUUUAAUUGUAGUUACGAGGAAACUCAUCAGAAUCUCACAAAUUUUCAGGUCUUUUGCCACAUGACACCAAUAAUAGUAUAUUAUUAUGAAAAGAAAACAGUAAGCUUACUGUCUCAACAUAAAAAAAAAAAAAAAAACUCACAUGCAGCACAAACCCAAAGCCCUCAAGCUAAGCAAUAUAUAAACCCUUUGGCCCCCAAACAACUUCCUUCAAAGCCACAUUCACUAGAUUCAAUCCAAAAUGGCGACAGGUUCUCGUGUUCUGAUCGGUCUAGCAAUGAUCCUCAUAAUCUCAGGAGAACUGCUAGUUCCAGGGCAAGGAACGUGCCAAGGAGACAUCGAGGGUCUGAUGAGAGAAUGUGCUGUCUACGUCCAGCGUCCUGGCCCAAAGGUAAACCCAUCCGCAGCGUGUUGCAAAGUCGUUAAGAGAUCAGACAUCCCUUGCGCAUGUGGCCGUAUCACACCCUCGGUUCAAAAGAUGAUAGACAUGAAUAAGGUUGUUCUUGUCACUUCCUUUUGUGGGAGGCCUCUCGCUCAUGGUACCAAGUGUGGAAGCUACAUUGUGCCAUGAGGUUUGGGACCAGACCUUAAGUGCUAUGGUUUUAUGGAAUAAAGUGUUUGUACUUUGGAGCCUUACUAGUUACCACUUAAAUCUACCCUUGCAAUUUCUAAUGUAUUGAUCCAAAUAAAUAUUAUUGAGCUUCAAUGUUGUUUAAAUUGAAUAAACCGGAUUAAUAAAGUAUAAUCUUGAUUGGUU